AGCUCUCUCUACGCAAACGAAGUCCAGUCAUAAAAUGGCGCCUAUAUUUUAAACGAAGUCUGUAGAGACUUUACCGGAAAAGGAGAUUUUUAGAGAGAGAGAAUCGAACAGAGUCCUAGAGAGAGAGAGAAACCCUAUCGGAGAAUAUGAUUGUGAGAACCCCACCUCCAAGGAAAAGAAGGGCCGAUUCAAGGGCACCUGAAAGCCCUAACUCGGAUCGCCGAUUGGUCAUCUACGAGGACCCUCCGGUGCCCGAAUCAUGUCACGAUCAUUCGGAGCAAAUGCUUUGCACUUAUCAGUGCCGUCAGAUGGUUAAAUCUGAAUUCCUGGAUGCAUUAAGCAAUGCAGAGAAGCAAGCACGAGACUCUAAAUCUAAACUGGAGUUGCUAAAUGACGAUUUGUGCAAAGCAGAAGCUGAGAGGAAGAAAUAUCGAGAUCAAUUCUUCUAUGCAGAACAAGAAAUUGCAGCUGCUAAAGGGCGUGAACAAGCGCUGCAAGAGCAGCUUUUAAAGGAGAUCAAUGAUUCUCAAGAUCGACUGAAAAAACAAUUCGAAUCAUUUAGCAAACUCGAGGUAAAGCUCCAAAACGAAGAGAAUCUUCGCAAAAAAGCAGAGUCUUCAGCAGCUUCAGCAGAACAGAAAGCAAGCCUUUUAGAGAGAAAACUAAGCGAGCUUUCUGAAAGUAUAGAACGGGACAGAAAACGCCUUCAUAACGAGCUUGUGCAUCUGAAAAAAGAAUCGGAACUUUCUGUUUCUAGAAUACGUGCAAAUCUUGAAAGAAUGGAAUUCAGAGCUACUAAUGCUGAGAAAGAAUCUAUGUUGCUGAAAGAGCAGCUUGAAGAACUUAAGGAGCAACUUAAUCAGAGCUGGCAUCAGAAGAGUGAAGUAGAGAAGAAAUUAUCAAGUUUCUUGUGUCAAGAAGUUCAUCCUACAGAUACCAAUAUUCUGGUGAAGCAUUUGCAAGAAGAGCUUAGGAAUUACGAAUCUGAAGUGCGAGAAGCAAGAAAAUUAAAAUCUUCUCAUGAAAACGUCGAAUUACUGAAGGAGAAAUUAUUGGAAGAAAAGGGCCGGAGAGAGAGGGCAGAGUCGGAGUUACUUAAACUGUCAGAUAUUCAGUUGAGCAUGAAGAAUUUGGAAGAUGAAUUGUCUGCCUCGAAGCUAAUGAUGAAAGACAUUCCUGGCGUUUCAUGCGCUGAUGAUAUACCUAUCAAGUUCGCAACUUUACAAAAGGAGGUGGUUGAAAGCAUGGUGAAGAUGGGCGAGGCCAAUGCACGUGCAAAGCAAUUGGAGGUGGCCUUGGAUGCUGCAGAACUUUGUAAACAAAAUGCUGAAACUGAGGCUGCAUUAGCCAAGGAGAAUGCUGAACUGUCAAAAUCAGAGGUUAAGAGGAUUGGAUUAAUGCUUUCUUCUGCUGUUGAGGAAAGAGAUUGGUUAAGAAAUGUUGUUAAAGAAUUGAAAAAGGACAAGAAUGUUGAAUUGAGCGGUGAAAUAGUCAAUGGAACUCUCAUUCAGGAACUUGAAUCAUCUGUUUCCAAGAAAGAAUGCUAUAUCAAGGAAUUGGAAGGUAAUUUAUGUGAACUAAAAGAAGUCAAUAGUCGUCAACACAAUGAAAUAAAGAUGCUCGCCGAGAGAUUAAAUAAUGAGGCAAGAAGGAUAAAGUCAUUGGAGAGGGAGGCCGAUCGUCUUCGUUCUGAGAUUUCACUAUUGGAAUCCAAGUUAGGUCAUGGUGAUUUUUCAUCCGCAAAUACAAAAGUCUUGCGAAUGGUGAAUACCCUUGCAGUUGACAACGAGGCAAAACAAACAAUAGAAGCUUUACAGAGUGAGUUACAGAAGACAAAGGAGAAGUUGGAAGCUGUUGAAGAAUUAAAGAAACAAUCAGCUGAUGGUGGGAAAUUUGUAGACUCUUAUAUUUCUGGAAAGAUUGUGCAGUUGAAAGAGCAAAUUGCGACACUGGAAAAGCGUGAGGAAAGAUACAAGACUGUUUUUGCUGAUAGAAUCUCAGUGUUUAGAAGGGCAUGCUGUGAACUUUUUGGUUAUAAGAUUGUAAUGGAUGAUCACCAGCGUUCUGAUGGAAUUCCAGUUACACGUUUUACCCUUCAAUCUAUCUAUGCUCAAAGUGAUGAUGAAAAACUUCAAUUUGAAUAUGAAUCGGGGAAUACAAACAUUUUGGCAAAUGAUUACACCUCGCACCCUGAGAUAUCCCAUCAGGUCGAUAUAUUUAUUCGGAACUUGAACUCGAUUCCAGCUUUUACUGCCAACUUGACUGUGGAAUCUUUCAACAAGCGAACUCUUUCUUGAACUGUCACCCCUUACCUUUUUGCCCUAGAAUUUGUUCUGGUUUUUUUUUGCUGUUGUGGCACUAAAUGUAUAUUUUGUAUCGACACAGUUUUCCCUAUGGAUCAGACUGCUGCAAUGCUGUAAAUCUUGACAAGAACAUUUGAAAUUGUUGUUUGGAUUCAAUUAAGUAUGGACAAUAUUGGUGGCAAAUUUGGAAGAGUUGGUGUGUCUUGCUUUUGUGGCAUUUGAAUUCCCUUCUCAAUGUAAAGAUGGUUUAUUCAAUUAGCCAGUGAUUUUUCCUGUUU